UGCUGACAGAUCAUUUCUCGUUCACUAGAUCAGGAUCUAAGGUGUUGUAUACAAUCCAACAUGGACGAAAUAGUGGACUAGAUUUCGCCCUGCAUUGUUAUAUAUUCGUGGGAUCAAGCCAAGAGCAUUGAUCAGCGAGGUCUGGUUCCCAACUCCAAGAUGAAAACACUGGUACAACCAGGCUGUUUCCUAGUUUUGGUUCUCCGUGCUAUACUAAGCUUUCCAUUAGAAGAUGGGAGAAUUGACUACACAGAUGAUGGUUUAAACACACCAGUUCUAAGUUUCUUAGAACAGAAUAUUGGUGUUGAGGUAUCAGGAGGGGUGCUACGGGAAGGAGACAUUUACGUAGAAAAACAGAAUCGUCACGCUGUUGGUAACCCGCGGUUAACAUGGAGAGGGCGUCAUGUACCGUACGUACUAGACCCGGGAUUUGAUCAGGACCAAGUCAACAUUAUUACCACUGCUAUGGCGGAUUUACACGACUUAGUCGGGGACGAUUGUAUCAACUUCCAACAGAAGAUUGACAGUGACCGUGACUACGUCACUAUCCUGAAAGGCACUGAUAAUGGAUGUUACAGUGAUGUGGGGAGACAUGGUGGCGCCCAGAAAUUGUCACUAGCUCCUAGAUGUCUGCACAAGGGGACCAUAUUCCAUGAGCUUAUGCACACGCUGGGUUUUUGGCACGAACACACGAGACCCGACAGGGACCAAUACAUACAAAUUAACUGGGAUAACAUCGCGUACCAUAAACAGCCAAAUUUCUUUAAGAUGGACGAGCGUGAUGUUGUCGUGCUGGACAGGUACGACUUCUACUCAAUCAUGCACUACUCCAUGUACGCUUUUAGCAACAAUAAUCUGACUACUAUACAGCUGAGCGACAGCUCAGUUGAUACCUCCAGGAUAGGACAGCGUGUCAACCUCACAGCGCUCGACACCAUCAAAAUACGUAAACUAUAUAAUUGUGAUAAAAAGGAAUGCGAAAACCCAGGAGUUCUCAAGAAUGGAGGUAUAUCUAAAGACGAUAUAAGUAUAGGGUCGAGGAUAACAUACAAAUGUAACGAUGGUUUUGUUUUGAUUGGUCCAUCCGAGCGGAUUUGCACUGACAACGGGACGUGGACAGGGGAUACCCCAGUCUGUCUGGAUCCCACCAAAGGCAACUACCAUUACUGUAAUUUCGACAAUUCGUCAGUAUGUGGAUGGCAUGGUAAUUGGACAUGGACCAGCUUUCCAACACCAUUGCAGCAUACCGGACCGACUUGGGACCAUACAUGGGACAGUAGUAUAGGAGCGUUCGUUUAUGCCAGGGGUGAAGUCUUGCAAGAGCAUAACACUCUACAUAUUAUCUCCCCUGCUGUUCCAAAUAGAAACGUCGACUACUGCCUAACGUUCACGUCAUCGAUGCACGGUGAAAUGAUGGGAAUCCUGAACGUAAGUAGUAUUUCGUGUGGCGACACCGUGCAGCUUCAGUCGUGGCAGGGUGACCAGGGCGAUAGAUGGAACAGAAUCAAGCUGGAGGUCAAACUAGCAUGUGUAUCAGAAAGCUUUCAGAUAGCAUUCGAGGCUGGGAAGGGCCAGUCGACAGAGAGCGAUAUUGCGAUAGACGACGUCCUAAUAGGCGACUGUACCACCAUCCAGAGUUUUUUGGAAGAUCAGGAAUUUAACGCCGAGGGAACAAAAUCGAAUUACUGUAACUUCACGGCUACACUAUGCAAAUGGAUCCAGAGCAGCGACGACGAUUUUGAUUGGAUAUUACAAAGUGGACCUACCCGAACCUUUGGAACGGGACCCGAUUGCGACAGAACCAACUGUUCCUAUGGUUAUUACAUAUAUAUUGAGACAUCUGGACCACGCGCAGAAGGUGAUGUGGCAAGACUAUCCUCAAUUCUGCUUAAGGACAAUUGGUCUUACUGUUAUUCCUUCUACUACAAUAUGUACGGGGAAAGCAUAGGGACUUUAUCUCUACUGAAAAAGACGUCUACAAACGAAACGACGCUCUGGAAUAAAACGGGAAACCAGGGAAAAGGCUGGACGAGAGCAUCUGUAGAAUUCAUCACAUUAAUCAACGAGACGUUGGUGAUUCAAGCAACAAGAGGCCGUGGAUACAGGGGAGACAUUGCUGUUGAUGACUUUGAAUUAAUGUCAGGAAAGUGCAGGAAAGUUUUCGAUUGCGAUUUUGAAGACGAUUUCUGUACCUGGAGAAACCAAAAUACGUCCGACAUGUUCGAUUGGCUCAGACACAGGGGCCCUACGAAUACCCCUAGGACUGGUCCAACUCGGGACCACACGUCCGGGGAUGGUUUCUACAUCUACAUAGAAACAUCAUCCCCGCGAGUCACAGCCGAUACAGCUCGGCUAACCACCGAUUUCCUUUCGCCAUCUUCUUGGGGUUACUGCAUCAGGUUUUGGCUGUUUAUGUAUGGAAAGGAAGUGGGGAGUUUACGACUAAUUACAAAAGAUCAAAAUGGCAACGAGACAAUAAAUUGGAGUUUAACCGGUGAACAAAGCAACGUGUGGGAAUCUUAUUCCGUGUUUUUACAAGCAUCUUUCUUCAAAACUCAGAUAAUCUUUGAAGGAGAGGUGGGAUCAUCAUAUCGAGGCGACAUUGCUAUAGAUGACGUUUCUGUACAAGAAGAAAAUUGUUUCUCCUGAAAAAGAGCAGAUACACAGAAAAUAGCCGUUGUAUUCAGAAUGCUGAGGAAAUCGUUGGCUUUCAUAAAAUUAUCUGGAUAGCUAUAUAAAUAAUAAUUAAACCUUUUAGUGUCAUUUCAAUCGUUCGUACUGUUAAUCUUUGUUACUUGUUUAAUUAUAUUAACGAGUUAAAAUCGUAGAACAUCUGCAAUUAAUAAUAGCGAUAGUUUAGGGUCUCUACAUUCCUUAAGGCAUAAUGUCGUUUAAAAAACACAUUCGUAAAUCCUGAUGAAAAAAUAGAUUCAGAUGCUAUCGAAUAUGAAAAAAUAUGACAAAAACGUUGAAAUAGCUGCAAAAGAAACACUACUCAUAACUUCCUGGAGUGAAGAAAAUAAAACGACGAUCGAAUUCAAACAGAAACAUGUUCCUUCUUAAUCGUUUGAUAUUACUAACUGUAUGCCAUUCCAUUUAAAUACUGUAAUUCUGAAAUUUAAAAGACAUCUACUUUUGAAAGUACUAGGAAAAUACUCAAGUACUUGGAGUUAUUAUGUUUCUAUACAUAAUGUUUAUGUAGUACAUUGUAUUAAUCGAAUACUGUUUCUCCUCACUUCUUUUUAUUUCUAACGCAUCACUCGCAUAACUCUUUUUCUGAGUGUCGCAAAUGUUUAUAGAAAGGUUUUAAUAGGAUAUACAGUCAAGCGAGUAUUACUGCUCAGAUACAAAUACAAAGUCAAGUGUUAUUUUUCUUUCACAAUGCAAAUAAAGUGAACUGCUGAAAUAAAGAAGAACCUGAUUGGUGUAUAUGGUUUUGUAUUGUACCGUGUAGCUUGCAGAAAUCAUCCUUUUUUUAAAUACCUUAUACCUGACUGGACGCGCUAUAUUCCAUCAAACGUGUGUAACUAGAACUUGCAUUUUAUUCCGAGAGAAUAAAUUUGGUAUCAUAUAACGUAGGACAACAUCGUAUCCAAACCCUGGAAUUUUAAGUAAUGAGAAAGAAUAAAUAGCUUCUACAUUUAAUCCACAAAUCACAAUACAUGAAUAUACAUAAAGGUUACAUACUACAUUGAGAUAUGAGCAUUUGUAGUUCCUAUUUGAAAAAAAACACCUGGUAGUAUUGAUUUAAUGAAUGCUGAAAGUGACGUAAUUCUCAUGUUUAUCAUCAUAAUACUCAUGCAAAGGGACAACAUAGGUACUAUGCCGCUAUUUAUUAGCUGUUCACAUCAAACAAUAUAGAGAAUUACUUCGUACACAAGUGUCUGAAAACGCAUAAUAGAAAAAGCGUUACAUGAAGAAUACAAUUUCAUACAGAAAGACUGUCUUUAGCAAAAUGUUAUGAGUGAACAAAAGCGAAAUUCAAACGUGCUUCAUACCGGAUUUAAACAAGUUUGUAUGUGUUGUUAAUAUUAACAUAACUAUUUACUGAUGAUGUUGAAAACGAUGAUUCUCUGUUGAUGAUUUGUUUCGAAGACACUGAAAAAUAAUUGUUUGCUUUGAAAGACCCUGAAAAA